AUGGCGCGUCGCCUCCGACGCCUUUGCCCCCUAGCCGUGGUGCUCGCAGCCUUGGCACCGGUGGCAUGGUUGGGGCCAGUGCCCAGUCGGCGGGUGUUGCGGGUGUCGCAGCGUGCUGCAGCUGACACGACACUCCCGAACCCAGGAGAGGCCGUGGGAAAGUGGUGGAAUGAGACAUACGAGUUCUGGGAUGCGCUAGAGAUCUGGAAUGCUCCGAGUUUACGAGAGGACAAGCGACCUGAGGCUGUCGAGCUCUCGCAAUUGCUGGAGCGAGUGAACGCUACAGCUCUCAAAGCGAAUGCUGAGACUGGUGAGGCAAAGACCCGCACCCGCCAGGAGUUGUCCGAUCUGCUGGAGCUCUUGCCCGGCGUCACCAUCGCAUACUACAGGAUGCGCUUCACCAGCGUCUUUGAUAAGGCGCCAGUGAAACGCGGACUCUCCAGUACCACUGUUUAUGCAAAUUUGGCUCUGCUGGCGGUUUUUGUGCGUGUGGUCGCACCGCGUUUGUUGGCUGCCGACAACCUGGACGAGUUUUUCGAGGCUGUGCAGCCUCUGGGGGUUCCUGAUCGUGCAUCCCUGAUGAGUAUACUUCAGUCAGUUGCUGCCUAUGAUACUGCCACGAAAAUCGGACUCUAUGUGCUGGCCUUCGUCGCCGAGAAGCUGUUCAUGCUUACCGAGUUUCUGCCCAUUCAAAUUGCGUUGAAAACGCUGGCUCCGAUUAUCUUCGGAGGCUUGGUGCAAGGUGCCCUCGCAUCUGCUGCAACGGAAACGUUGGCGGCCACCUCCAACUUCAUUAUCGGCCGGUCCUUCCUGGCGGACAGGCUACGGGGUUUCUCUGUCUUCGGCAGCGAGCCGGUGGGCAAGGCCUCGUGGUUCUACUCCUUGGAACGGGCUGCCAAGGACGACGGAGCUCGGCUCACAUUGCUGCUAAGACUGGCGCCGGUGCUGCCUUUGCCGUUUGACUCCUACUGGUACCUCUUGGGUGCCUUAGAUGUCGACCUCGGCGAUUUCGCGGCUGCCCACUUCAUUGGCUGUUUGAAGACGGCUUUUCUAGAUGCGUCCUUUGGCAUGCUGCUGCUGACUUCGGUGGGGAAUGAUGGCAGCGCGGUGCAGACACAGGCGCAGCAAAUCGUUCUGGUCGAGUCGAUUGCUUUUGCCGUUGUCGCCAUACUGGUGAGCACCGUAGCCACGAGGCUGAUCAACGAGCUCCUGGGUCUUGAGGAUGCCACAAUAGCGGAGUCCAAAGAUGAGUCCGCACGCCCCGUGGAUUAG